AUGUCCUUGGCAACCGGCCCUGCCCCUGUGCCACUAUGUACACCAGCCGGUGCGCUGCAAAACCAUGUCCCCGAGGUGGCAGAUCCCCAUGCGGGCAGCUCGCAAGCUGCCCUCGCUUUCUGUUUUGUCACGGCCAAUCACUCUCUCGCGUGCUGGGCCGGAGCGUCGCCCGCAACGGUGUCCAGUGCGCACCAAACCCGAUCGAUCACCGAUCUGCCCCUUUAUCUUGGCAAACAGGCAAGCCUCGAACAGCCUUGCUUUACACAGGACACAUCGGGGGCCUCGCAUAGCUACGGUGUACGUAUUUACGAUAUUGUAUCGCAAGGCAUGAAUGAGAAUGAGCAAGUGUGCGCGGCGGUGGACCUUCGAUCAGGGCGGUGGUGCAUGGGGUGCAAGACGCGCCAAGAUGGGGGUGGUUUGGGGUUUGACGCCUUCGCCGCAGAAGUAGGCGCUGGUGGGGUUGCUGAAUGGUUGCCUGGCCUGUGGUUCCUGCAUGCGAAAGGAGCAGCAGAACCUGGAAGGACCAGGCUGCCGGAACAGCCCGGCAUCGACCAAUCGCAAGGUCAAGACUUUUGGAGCACUCUUUCCCCGAACAGUUCCGGUCCCGAGCCGGUCAAGUUUAUUCCAAAUUUCCCCGAGGCGGCGCCGCUUCCAUGA